CAGCGAGGAUUCCACGGUCCCACCGCCCUCACAGCCAAUGAGGGGUCGGUGAGGGAGGAGCUUGGGGCGGCUCGUUGCGGCUUGAGCUUCUGAGCGAAUCCUCCCCAGGAGAUGCAGUGGAGACUGAGCUCCGCUUCGUCUGUCACAGCAGAACAAAACUAAAACAAAACCAAAAAAAAAAAAAAACAGAAGAGGAGAAACGCUGCAGAGUAUGGAACGCUGUAGCACUUUCUGAAAUACUUGCUGGGGAUCCCCGUGGAGCAUGAUCUUUUAAAACUAUCCUUUUUGAAGCUGGUUUGGGUAACUGGGAAAAUGAUACACAUGCUAAAUGCAGCAGCUGAUCGAGUGAAAUGGACCAGGUCGGGUGCUGCUAAAAGGGCCGCCUGCCUGGUGGCUGCGGCAUAUGCUGUGAAAACCCUCUACCCCAUCAUUAGCAAGCAUUUAAAGCAAACUGGCCACGGGAAGGAAAAAGAAGCUCGCGGGGCUGCAGAGAACAGAGAAACACUGCAUUGCACCGAGAUUCCUGGUAAAAAACCUUCGCCCGGAGUGAAUGCAGAUUUUUUCAAACAGCUCCUAGAACUUCGGAAGAUCCUCUUUCCAAAACUUGUGACCACGGAGACAGGGUGGCUCUGCCUCCACUCGGUGGCUCUCAUCUCGAGAACCUUUCUGUCUAUCUAUGUGGCUGGUCUGGAUGGGAAAAUCGUGAAAAGCAUUGUGGAAAAGAAGCCUCGGACUUUCAUCAUCAAACUGAUCAAGUGGCUUCUGAUUGCCAUCCCUGCCACCUUUGUCAACAGUGCCAUAAGGUACCUGGAAUGCAAAUUGGCUUUGGCCUUCAGAACUCGCUUGGUAGACCAUGCCUAUGAAACCUAUUUUACGAAUCAGACUUAUUAUAAAGUGAUCAAUAUGGAUGGGAGGCUGGCAAACCCUGACCAGUCUCUUACUGAAGAUAUUAUGAUGUUCUCCCAGUCUGUGGCUCACUUGUAUUCCAAUCUGACCAAACCUAUUUUAGAUGUAAUUCUGACCUCCUACACCCUCAUCCAGACUGCUACAUCCAGAGGUGCGAGCCCAAUUGGACCCACUCUAUUAGCAGGACUGGUGGUAUAUGCCACUGCUAAAGUGUUGAAAGCCUGCUCUCCCAAGUUUGGUAAAUUGGUGGCCGAAGAAGCGCAUAGAAAAGGCUAUUUACGGUAUGUGCACUCCAGAAUUAUAGCCAAUGUUGAAGAAAUUGCGUUUUACCGAGGACAUAAGGUAGAAAUGAAACAACUCCAGAAAAGUUACAAAGCUUUAGCAGAUCAGAUGAACCUCAUUUUAUCGAAACGUUUGUGGUACAUUAUGAUAGAGCAGUUCUUGAUGAAGUAUGUUUGGAGCGGCAGUGGACUAAUUAUGGUGGCUGUACCUAUUAUCACUGCAACUGGCUUUGCAGAUGGUGAAGACGGCCAAAAACAAGCUAUGGUUAGUGAACGGACAGAAGCCUUUACCACUGCUCGAAAUUUAUUGGCCUCUGGAGCUGAUGCCAUUGAACGGAUUAUGUCUUCAUAUAAAGAGGUCACUGAAUUAGCAGGCUAUACUACUCGAGUGUACAAUAUGUUUUGGGUAUUUGAUGAAGUUAAUAGAGGCAUUUAUAAGAGAACUGCUGUUGUGCAAGAAUCUGAAAACCAUGACAAGAACGGAGCUAAUAUAGAACUACCUUUCAGUGACACACUGGAAAUCAAAGGAAAAGUUAUUGAUGUGGAUCAUGGAAUUAUUUGUGAAAAUGUUCCCAUAAUUACACCAACGGGAGAAGUGGUGGCUUCCAGUCUAAACUUCAAAGUACAAGAAGGAAUGCAUCUUUUGAUUACUGGUCCCAAUGGUUGUGGGAAGAGUUCUCUCUUCAGAAUUUUAAGUGGGCUCUGGCCUGUGUAUGAGGGAGUCCUCUAUAAACCCCCUCCCCAGCAUAUGUUCUAUAUUCCACAGAGGCCAUACAUGUCUCUUGGAAGUCUUCGGGAUCAAGUCAUCUAUCCUGAUUCAGUGGAUGACAUGCAUGAUAAAGGCUACACGGACCACGACCUGGAAUGUAUCCUACACAAUGUCCACCUCUAUCACAUCGUUCAAAGAGAAGGAGGAUGGGAUGCUAUUAUGGACUGGAAAGAUGUCCUAUCAGGAGGGGAGAAGCAAAGAAUGGGCAUGGCUCGAAUGUUUUACCAUAGGAAAUACCACACUCAUUUAUUACAGUUUGAUGGUGAAGGAGGUUGGCGCUUUGAACAAUUGAAUACUGCAGUCCGUUUAACACUGAGUGAAGAAAAACAAAAACUAGAAUCUCAGCUAGCUGGAAUUCCCAAAAUGCAGCAGAGACUCGAUGAACUAUGUAAAAUUUUGGGUGAAGACUCAGUGCUGAAAACAAUCAGAAAUGAAGAUAAAACAUCAUAAUUUGUUUUGACAUGUUUUAAGAGUUUAUUUUUAGGUAAAGGCUCAGAGACACUCUGUUGUAAGUGCAUGCAUUGUGUUAAGCUAAGCACAGAGAAAAAAGCAGCAAGAAAUAUUUUGAAAGAUUUUAGCAUCAAGGAAAUAUAUGACCUGAAUUUUCAGAAGAAAAUAAGCAAAUGCAUUAUGUAAGAUUAGUCAACGUGGCUUGUACUAAUUCCUGGUGAAAACCUAUUUCACCUGUAAAACAGGGUUUUCUAAGUGAAUUAAUGGUGAAUACUCAAUUUACUAUGUGUAUGUGACGUGCUUGAAGUCCUUAACAAAUGUGGCAGGAGUCUUCAGAACAGAACAACUUAAGAGCAGCAUUUGGGUUGAAAUCAGAUGCAUAAAAUUAGAAGUUUGAAUAACAUUUCAGUCUAUUUAUGGUUAUUAGGUUUAAUAGCUACAAUUCAGUUUCAUCAUUGCUAGUGGUCAAUUAAAUCCGUGCACAAAAUAGCUGACAGUUUGAUCAAUAAUUUGAAUAUUGGCAGUGGCUAAAAGGAAGAAGCCUGGCUAUCUAUGUAUACAAUGCCAUAUUUUUAAUUUUAGGUUAUGAGUGUCUUAAUGUGGGCACAUACCAAAUUAGUUGUCAUGAAACCCUUACAUAUUUGUUAAUCCAUUCUUUCAUUUUAAAAAGAGAAUUGCCAAUACAGAAAAGGAGUAUCUAUGCGAUGUUUGUCUCAGUAUGUUACUUUACUUGGCAGCAUUAUCUAUCACAACUUCUGUUCAGAAAUAUUUAGUUCAUUUUUGUGCACAAGGAGUCUACCACAUUUUAAAAACAGCACUAUAUUAGUAGAAUAUAGGAAUCUCUAAAUCACAGUAGUAAUAGCAUCCAAUGGAAUAACACUUUAUAGUUUACAAUUCUCACAUCAUUUUAUUUUCAUCCUGUGGCAAUCUUUUGAGACAGAUACUGUUUUUCUUAAUUUGCUCUGAAAAAAAUGACAGACUUGCCCUAAUUAUGUGUUUUAUUUAGGAACAGAUCCAGGGAUCAAAUGAAGUUCUCCUCAUUCCCUGGUUCAGUGCUAUUUCCAUUUAUUAUCCUUAAAAUCUAAGUGGGCUGUAACACCAAUAAAAGUUAGAUGAGAUAUGGGGAAAAAAUAAAUUUGGUAAUGUUAACACUGUUAUUUGAUUAUUGUGUACAAUGUAUGGAAAUUAAGUCAUUGGUCUGUGGUUUAAAAUGAGCCAAGAAAGUUAGCAAAUCUUUCAGCAACUAUGCACUCAUAAUAUUAAGUUACCUCCACAGACAGCAAUCAGAAGGGGAAUUAAUUGUGUUGUAGGUAAAGUUACUAUUUAUUGAACAUAAUGAGAAAGAAUCUGUGUAGAAUAGUCAUAGAAAAUAAAUCUUAUCUAUUCAUGUGCCCUGGAGUCUGAAGUACAAAAACCAGGCCUGCCACUUUCAUCUUACUGUCUAUACCACCAUGUUGCUAGGCCAGGGGAC